AGAAAACCGCAACCGUACCUUCUCCGGCACAAACACGUCUUCCUGUUGUUUACAACUUUUUCAGCAUCUGGUCACAUUUUAUUUAUAGAUCUUCAUAGAUCCAUCACCUACUUGUUACAAAUAUUUAAUACUUAAUUUUUGAACAAACUGUAUUCAAAAUGCCUGGAGAAACUGCCGGUGAUGAUACUAAUGCUGCUGCACCUUUGUCUAAGAAAGCAUUGAAAAAAUUGGCAAAAGAUGAAGAAAAGGCUAAUAAAAAGAAAGCUAAACAAGCUGAAGCUGACUCAAAGCAAGAGGAAGAAGAUGAUUAUUCUAAAGACUGCUAUGGAAAAAUGGUUAUGAUUCAGUCACAUGAAAAAGUUCCUAGGAAACUAAUCCCAGUGAGCUCGCUUGAAAAAGAUCUUGGAGAAGAAAAGAUUUGGAUUAGAGGACGAUUGCAUACAAGUCGGGCAAAAGGAAAACAGUGUUUCUUUGUUGUGCGUCAGAGACAAUUCACUAUCCAGUGCCUUCUAUCAGUAUCUGAAACAACGAGUAAACAGAUGAUUAAAUUUGUUGCUAGUAUAACCAAAGAAUCUAUAAUUGAUGUUGAAGGUUUCGUAAGGGCUUCACCUCAGAAAAUUGAAAGUUGUUCUCAAAAGAAUGUUGAAAUGCAUGUUACAAAGGUAUUUGUUGUUAGUUCUGCUGAAGCUAGAUUACCUUUACAAAUUGAAGAUGCUUCCAGACCAGAAAAUGAGAAUGAUCCUGAAGGUUUAAAUAUUCAUGUAAAUCAAGAUACCCGUUUGGAUAACAGAGUCAUUGACUUAAGGACAGCUGCCAACCAAGCUAUUUAUUCUUUGCAAGGAGGUGUCUGUACUUUGUUUAGAGAAUAUUUAUCAUCAAAGGGCUUCAAGGAAAUACACACACCGAAAAUAAUUUCAGCUGCCAGUGAAGGAGGAGCUAAUGUUUUUGAAGUCAAAUAUUGUGAAGGGCUUGCCUACUUAGCUCAAUCUCCUCAAUUUUACAAGCAGAUGGCUAUUGCUGCUGACUUUGACAGAGUGUAUACCAUUGGAUCAGUGUUUCGAGCUGAAAACUCCAACACACAUCGGCAUCUUUGUGAAUUUAUUGGUUUAGAUUUAGAAAUGGCCUUUAGCUAUCACUACCAUGAAGUUGUUGAUGUCAUUGGUGACAUGUUUGUUCAAAUGUUUAAAGGUCUCAGAGACAGGUAUGCAGAUGAAAUCAGUGCCAUUUAUAAGCAAUAUCCUGCUGAACCAUUUAAGUUUCUUGAGCCAAGUUUACGCUUAGAUUAUGCACAAGGUUUAGCAUUACUUAGAGAAGCAGGUGUUGAAAUCGGCGAUGAAGACGAUUUAAGUACACCAGAUGAAAAACUUUUAGGGAAAAUUGUCAAAGCUAAGUAUGAUACAGAUUUCUAUAUCUUAGACAAAUUUCCGCUUAAAGUACGUCCAUUCUACACAAUGCCAGAUCCAGAAAACCCUAAAUUAUCCAAUUCUUAUGAUAUGUUUAUGAGAGGAGAAGAAAUAAUAUCGGGAAGUCAACGUAUUCACGAUUCCGAGUUUCUUACCAAAAGGGCUACGGAGCUAGGAAUAGAUUUAGAGAAAAUCAAAAGUUACAUCGAUGCAUUCAGAUAUGGUGCACCCCCUCAUGCUGGUGGUGGUAUUGGUUUGGAACGGGUCACUAUGUUGUAUUUGGGUCUCAACAACAUCAGGAAGACGUCCAUGUUCCCCAGAGAUCCCAAGAGACUCACCCCUUGAGAUUGUUGCGCUAUAGAGAUCUCUUGACAUUGUUUUUUUAGACGUACAAACAUUUUUUGAUAAUUUUCAAUAAAUUGUUGGAUUACUUGCCAAGUUGAAGAAA